CUGGCCCGCUGGCGUAAGGACUGACGGACCGAUCAGUGAGGACCGCGUCCUGGUCCCGCAGCCCAUAAGGAGAAGAUGCCGCGCUCUUUCCUGGUGAAAACGCACUCUAGCCACAGGAUACCCAACUACGGGCAGCUGGAGACGCAGAGAGAAGCCAAUGGCUCCUGCUCCACUUGUGGGGGGCUGGUGGUGCCCCUCCUCCUCCCAGAUAAGGAGACUCCUUCUGCGCUCGGUGACACGCCCCGGCCCCAGGACUGCACCCCUGUCAUCUCCUGCCUCACCCUGCCUCUACCACAUGAUGAGGAAGUAGGAGAGACUUCAAGCCCCAGACCCCUGGGGGUCAGCCUAGUGGACCCAGGGGCUGGCCGAGCCCCCAGCGCACCACUCAGAGAUAGCCUGAACCACCUCAACCUACCCCCGCUGCUGCUCCUGCACACGAGGUGGCCCCCGAUCCUGGGUCCAGGUGGGGACAAAUCUCCAGAAAAACUGUACGGGGCUGCAGGGACAUCCCGGCCGCCAGGCUGCUUUGAGUGCCUCGACUGCCACUGGCCCCACCACACCGUGGCUGGGCUGGCCAGGCACCAGCAGCUGCAUUGCGACCUACAGCCACGGCACUUUUUCAGCUGCAAGCACUGUGACAAGGAGUAUGCCAGCCUGGGCGCCCUCAAGAUGCACCUGCGCACCCACACACUGCCCUGCGUCUGCGCACUCUGCGGCAAGGCCUUCUCCAGGCCCUGGCUGCUGCAAGGCCACAUCCGCACUCACACAGGUGAGAAGCCCUACACCUGCUCACACUGCAGCAGGGCCUUCGCCGACCGCUCUAACCUCCGGGCGCACCUGCAGACACACUCAGAUGUCAAGAGGUACCAGUGCAAGGGAUGCGCCAAGACCUUCUCCCGCAUGUCCCUCCUGGUGCGCCACGAGGAAUCAGGCUGUUGCCCUGGCCCCUGA